AAUGUCAAUAGUUUCAAUUGAAAAAUGAAAGCAAUUGUAUUGAUUUCUUAUUUACUUACAACAAUAGCUGUUAGUUUGUGUGCUCCACAGGGUCGAAUUGUGGGUGGAGAUGAUGCUGUUUUGGGACAAAUACCAUAUCAAGCUGCACUUUCCAUUGCUGGUUUGCCCACCUGUGGCGCGGUAAUACUUAGUGAACGUUAUGCAUUGACAUCGUUACAAUGUGUCUGUUCUGCUGGAAGUGAUAAACCAUGGCCACCUCAAAUGUUUACAAUUGCUGCUGGAACUACUGAUCUUUACACAGGAGGUUCACGUAUUACUUUGGAAUCAAUUAUAAUCAACCCGAACUACAAUGAUCUUACAACCGGUAUUGCUCUACUAAAACUUUCGCAGCCUCUAAUUUUCAGCGAUUAUAUACAACCGAUUGCUUUAUCUAAAACGAACCCUCCUGCCGAUUCUGAAAUUGAAAUUUCGGGUUGGGGUCGAACUAAACAAAACGAAAGUAACAUGUAUCGUACUCUUCAAAUUAAUGAUGCAACUGUAAUUCCGACCUCUGAAUGUUUCAGAACAUUAGGUCGUACGAACAAUGAAGUAAUAUGUUUGGGACAUGCACGUAAAAAUGGAAUAUGCCAGGGUGACUUCGGUAGUCCAGCAGUUUACCAAAAUCAAUUAAUUGGAAUUGCGGCUUCAGUAGUGGGUGAAUGUGGAAGUUUCCUACCUGAUAUUUUUACUAGUGUUGCUUUCAAUUAUAACUGGAUUAUGAAACAAAUAACAUUGUAGAUGUAU